AUGUCUUCGAUAUACUCCAGCAGACGUGGCAAGCUUGCAGGAGUAGUUCUUCAUGAGUCCUCAAAAUCGGCUCCUCAAACACCAGCGAAGCAACGAUACGAGCCUAUCUACCGUACUGUGCCAGACUCGCCCAAACACAAUCGUCUACUCUCGGACGACGACGGUCUCGAUGUCGAGAUAUUGACUCACAAAUUGCAAUUAUAUCAACUAGAAUUAGAGGAAGCGGAUUUACGACGGAAACACAAGAGGAUGCAGAAUAAGGAGGCAGAAGACAUAGCUGCCGCUGCUCGGUUUCUGAACACAUACAAGUCCGAGGAAGACGAUCAAGAGACGUCGGAUACUUCUGCGCAUUCACGCUCACGGAGUAUGUUCACAACCCGAACUAGCAGCUUGCCAGGUUACAAUGCUGCCAAAUUUGUUCGCGCCAAACGACCUGAUCCUCUACGUCUAGCUCCAGCUUGGAGUGUGCAGCCACAGCAGGUUCAAAGUGCUGGUCUUGUAGGUCAGAGGAAUAGAGAAGUGAAUGCAGCCGACGAAAUGAAGCGCCAUUGGCGGCGGACAACCCUAUCAGCUGGUCAUAAUGCUGGCUCGAAGAUCAUUCUUAUAUCGUCUCCAGGCAUGGUUGCUGAGUAUGAUUUUGCUGCAGACGUACCGCCUGUGCCGCAACUUUCCACUUCAAUCUCUGCCGCGACAACACCACUCGUUAUGUCGCCAAUAACACCAUUACCUUUGGCUAACGAGGAUCAGGUUCGACGAGAACUUGAGAGCUUCGCACUCCAAGAAGGUCCGAAUUUGGCACUUAGUCGACGAAGCUCGGUGGUCUCUCGGAAGCGCAUGCCAGUUGUCUUUGUGCCGAGUAUGGAUGAUCGUGUGUGUCCAGAUGAGUUAGAAAGACCAGAGACCCCGACAGCAUUAAUGGAACAUUCCAUCAACAGCGAGCCGAACGUUGCAAGCCAUCCGAGCUUGACCAGGACGAAGAGCUUGUUCAGUCGCUUCGAGCGAAAGAACGAUGUAGAUGCCCUCCUUGAUCUGUAUAUGACUGAGGAGCAGUUGGUCAAGGAAAAGACCAUCAAGAAAAACUCAAUAAAGUCCAGGCCGCAAAAUUUCUUUAAGAGGUUCCAGUCCAAGGAGAAUGUUACUCAAAGAAGUGGCAAGCCAAGAUGA